AAAACAUAUGAUUUGUGUUUUGAUCGCAUUUUUGACAGCAAAUGAUCAGUGAUUUGAAGUGCAGUCCAGAGAUAUUGUCGACACUUAUAGCCCGUUGUUGUGACAGACAGUGAACGCAACGGUCGGCCGGAAAUGGAUGUAAAAGUUUGAGGAGAAGUCUGUUUGCGGACCAAUUGGUGGCACAAUAGGAGAUAAUAUGGCUUUUUGGCACAAAUACCGCAAUUAUAUCUCAUUUUGGAUUUUGGGCUUAAGUAACAACUAUUCGUAUGUUAUUAUGUUGAGCGCCGCCUACGAUAUCAUUAAUGGACACGAACCCAAAGGUGGUGGUAGUGGUGAUGAUGGGAAGGGCUGUAACUCCAUGUCCACCGGCGCCGUCCUAAUCGCUGACAUACUUCCCUGUCUUAUAGUCAAACUCUUGGCCCCAUUUGUCUUCACGAACACUAACCUCCGGGUGUCGGUUGUGGUCAUACUAUCGGCGCUCAGUUUCAUCAUAACGUCGCUGUCGAUGAAUAUCUACUUUUCAUACAUCGGUAUUGUGUGCGCCUCCCUGUCCAGUGGUUUAGGCGAGACUACGUUCCUGUCCUAUACCUCGAAGUUUGACUCACGAGUCAUAUCCUACUGGUCUUCAGGUACCGGUGCGUCCGGUCUCUUAGGGUCCAUGUCUUACGCGUUGCUAACCUCUUGGGGUUUGAGUCCAAAGAAUACGCUAUUAGUGAUGCUAUUCAUACCCGUAUUGAUGGCACUGACCUACUGGUGCUUCAUAUGCGAGCCAACCCACCCGUCCAUCACUGAUGAGAGCGUCAGACCUUUGAUUAGUGACUCCAAUGAUAUGCCAUCCCUU